CAGAGAAACCAUGUUUGGGGGGAAAAAAAAGAAAGAAAAAGAAAGAAGAAAAGAAAUAUAAGUGCAUUCACCUCCAUUUCCUCCAUCUGUGACCAUAGAAGAGCGAUCCUAGCACCAGGGAGGCUGAGACCAAAGGAUCAGGAGUUCAAGACCAACCUGGGCUACAUUGUGAGUCCUUGUCUCAAACAAAACAACACAAAGCAAAACCCAAGUCACUACAUUUAAAAAAAUUCCCAGUAGCGUAGAAACAAACGGGAAGAAAUAGAUCUGUGUUUCGUUCGGCUAACCUUCCCAGAACUCUCUGGCUGGAACACAGCAGGAGCCUUCAGCAAAGGUGAGAACAGGAUGAUCCUGGACUGCUGUCCUCAGCCCUGCCUCAGGACCUUCUCACGGCUGGUCCCCUCAUCCUGGCACGGUCUUCCUUCUCAGCACGGUUCCUACCAGAACAGUCUAUCACAUUUAUCGUUUAGCCUCCUUCCCCACCCCAAGAACACACCCGCCCUUCACCAGUCUGUUUCUGGUCUGUCACACCACCCUAAAAGGAGUCUGGGAUACAUCAGGUGCUGGGUACAUGCUUGCUGGUGAAUGAUCACCUGGCUGGGUAGGGGACGUGCUGUGCACAGUCCUGGGCUCUGUGGAAAUGGGGCGCUGUACUCUUCAUUCCUGCUGCUGCUGGUGUUCUGUUUGCAGUCCUGGCUCCCUGGGGCCUGCUCUGGCCCCGUGGCCCAGCUCAGCCGGCUCCCUGGGGACCUGUUCGGCUGACACUGGAGUCUUUCCUGGGCCAUCCAGCCACCUGGCUGACACUUGAUCUCAGCUCCACUUCCAGGCCAGCGUCCGGCCGACCAGCCUGGCUCGGGCCAGGCCCUGAGAUCCUUGCGUAGGGACAAGGGGCUGUCUGUGUGGUGGUGGGAGGGUGUGGUGAGGCCAGGCCUCUGCCAACAUACUGGCUGAGCUGCGAGGAUUGGGGACAGUGCCUGGUUUGUGGCAGCAGCACCGCAGGGCGCAGGAGCCCACACCAGGCCCUGCUCACCAUGGGGACCCUCAGCUGCGACCCAGCGGCCAGGUUGGCCACAGUGCCCCUGGCCCGACGGGUGGCCGAGGGCCACGUUCCGGAGACUGGGCUGAGGAAGUCCUGUGGUAUGGUCACCCUGGAGAACGGCUCCGGACCUGGCCUGUACAUCCUUCCAUCCACCGUUGGCUACGUCAAUCACGAUUGCACCAAGGUAGCCAGUCCCGCCUACUCACUCGCUCGGAGGCCCAGCGAAGCACCUCUUCAGGAUUCCAGCCCAGGACCUGUCUAUUUCUUGGACCCCAAAGUUACUCGAUUUGGCCGUAGCUGUCCCCCUGCCUACUCCAUGCAGGGCCGGGGCAAGAUUCGAGGUCUGGAGGUGACGCCAGGCCCUGGGGCCUACAGCCCAGAGAAAGCGCCCCCGGUACGCCAGCGGAAUCCCCCAGCUUUCACUCUGGGCUCCCGCCUCCGACAGAAGCCCCCGGACGCCUCUGUUCCUGCCCCCAAUGCCUACACCAUGCCACCCCUCUGGGGAUCACAGAUCUUUAUCAAGCCUAGCAGCCCCAGCUACACAGUUGUGGGCCGCACGCCCCCAGCACGCCCCCCUCAGGAUCCCUCAGAGAUUCCAGGCCCUGGGCAGUACGAGAGUCCUGACCCCAACACCUACCGGCAGCGUAGGCCGGCCUUCAGCAUACUGGGGAGACCCCGAACCCCGCGGCCCCUGGAGGAGACACCUGGUCCUGGUACCCACAACCCAGAACAGGUCACCGUGAACCGGGCCCGGGCUCCAGCAUACACCAUGGGCAUCCGUCAUUCAAAGCGGGCGUCUACCAUGGCAGGGUACACCAAAUACUGAUGGCUGCCGGGUACAGGGAGCCGGGGCCCUUUCUGGGCCUAGCUUCUUCAGAAUGGGGCAAAGAGGUGCCUCCCUCCCCUUCUGCAGUCCAAGGUCCUUGGAGGCCACUUGAUCUCUCUGUCCCUGGGGCCCGUGACCCAAGGCCCCAUCCAGGGUGAGGGUGAGCCUCCCUCUAGGGCCCCAGUUUCUUUUCCCAGGUCAAGCCAGGCCAGGGAGAGGUGUCCCUUCCCCUGGCUGGACAGGGAGCUGCGUGUCCUAGAAUUCAACAUCUAGGCCACUUGGGUUUCUGCAGAUGAGGCAGGAGACUUCUCCUGGAGGUGGCCCUGAUGCCUCUGCCCUCUCUACACCACCCUCUAGAGUUGCUUGCCAAUAAAUCGCCCACCAACAGCUGGCAGCACCGUGCACAUUGGUUUAUUUAGCAUUUCCAGUCACGCCACAAAAGAACACUAAACACUGCCCUCCAGGCCCACAACUUUACAGACCUCUCCCAGUUCAGAUGGGGCAAAUGGAAGCCCUGGCACCAGGAGCCUGGAUUUGGAUUGUGGGACCAGCUAGGUUCUUGGGAAGGGGUACUGUAAACUGGGCUUUGAAGGAUGUGUAGGAGUUUAAAGUAUUACAGUAUGAUCUACUGUCAUUUGUACCGCGGAUUAAAGAGUAGAGCCAACGCUCCCUACAACCUCCCCAUUCAGAUGGGAGGACACACGGUGGAUGGGCACCUAGACCCGGAAUGCCGUGGUCCACACUCCAUACAGCCAGAUCCCACAGCCCCCUUCUCAGACCUCAGCCCAGCAACAUCUCUCCCCACCCAAGAGCACCAAGGGCUCGCUGGUGCGCCUUUGUUGAUGCCGCCGAGCAUCCCCGCCCGCGCCCCCGCCCCCUUCGCAGGCCGUGAUCUCGUUUCUCUCCUCAUCGAUCCCGCCGGCCUUGCCCCUCCUCCGCACCCCGCCCCGCCCAGCCCUCUUCUCUUUGUUUCCCGUCAGGACUGUCCUGGGUAUGGCGCAGGGGAGGAGGAGGAUGACACCCCCUUCCCCUCACAGAAGGAAUCCCCUCGGGGUCCGAGGGAGGCAUCUCGGAGGUCCCUUGAACCUGGGAUGGAACUGGUGACUCCGAGAACCGAUGGGUGUCCCUGGCUGACAGCCUGGGACCCAGGCCAGGCGCCAGCAGAGGCGGCCUGUGUUUACCCUCAGACCCUUCCACCGCAGCCCCACCUGCGGUGUCCUGGGCACCCGAGGUACUUCCAGGCCUCAGUUUCCCUUUAAACCUCGUCCUGCCUCCAUCCGGGCUUCAGUUUUCCCACUAAACAGUAAAACAGGACAAGGUCCAGGUGGAGGGGGCAAGGGGAGGAACCUCUGAGUUCGAGGUUCUCUAGUCCUGGACCCCGGCCACUGCCCUGCCCCGGGCCUUAUUUCGAAGUAAAGUUGGGCAGGAUAUGGCUGAAACAGUG